AUGGCACAAGCAAUCAAAUUGUGUCAAAUUGUGAAGUACUGGCCUGAGUUCUUUUGGACAGGCGUUUUCAGAAUGUUUCAGAUGUUUCUCUUGGUCUUGACAAAGCGUCAGGAAUCCGUCGGUCCCGAGAAGAUGGAGUGCUUCCGGAAAUGUCUUCGCGUUAAUGCGCUGGAGCCUGGAGCCGUCGGGAAAGGUCGAAGCUGCUGUGUAGCUGGCGAUGGCUGUAGCGGCUGGGAUGUGGCAGCCGAUGCAGGGAAGCCUGCUGAUGGUGGUGAUCCGGGUUGUAUUGCUACGGUUUCACUUUCAAUGGACGGGGCAGAGUUAAAGGCUGAAGAAAAAGCAGAUGGCGGCGCCAACGGCGACAGAUUUCGUCAGGGCAGAAGGCGGAUUGAAUUUGGCGGGUUGGCAAAGCGGCAAAUCUUUCCUAGCAACUAUGUGUCUACCACUCGCUAUAAGUGGUGGACCAUCAUACCUCUGAAUUUGUUCGAGCAGUUCCACCGGGUGGCGAACAUUUGGUUCUUGAUUGUCUCGGUGCUGCAGAUGUUGCCCUUCAAGAUCUCUCCAACGACAUCUUGGGCCACUCUGGUACCUUUGUGUGGUGUGCUGUUCGUGACCUUCUGCAAGGAUGCUUAUGAGGACUUGAAACGUUGGCGUGACGACUGUCGAGUCAACAAUCAAACUUGCAAAGUCUUUACAGGGGCAGAGGGACCCAAUGCUUUUCGAAGCAUCAAGUGGUCAGAGGUUCAAGUUGGAAAUUUUGUGAAGCUGACUCGGGACCAACCGGUGCCGGCGGAUCUCCUUCUGGUUUUUUCCACCCCAGGGGGUGCCGCCUUCGUGGACACAGCACAGCUGGAUGGGGAAUCCUCCUUGAAGCCCAAACAAGCGGUGGACGAGACGCAGCACAUGAUCCGCAACUCCUCUGUGCACAGCGUUGAAGGCCAUAUGGAAGCAGAUUUGCCGAAUCAAGUCGUUGGCAAAUUCGAUGGCUGUAUUUACUUGAAGGACUAUCCCAGAGGUGUGACUGUGAACCUGAAGCAUUUCUUGCUGCGUGGCUCCACGGUUCGAAAUACACAUCAUGUGAUUGGGCUUGUGGUGUACACUGGUGUCGACACGAAAGUGGUCAGGAAUUCUUCGCGGUCUUUGACGUCCAAGAGAUCUCAGGUAGAGCAGCUUUCCAACAAGCUCUUGGUCAUUGUUUUCGUACUCCUCUUUGUCAUAUCCAUUGCUUCGGCAGUUGUUCGCGCAUACCUCAUCACCGAUGAGGAGGGCUAUCGAAAUUUGUCCUGGGUUUGGCCAUUGACGCGCGGCGACGAUCUCCAGGACAAUCCAUACAUGGCUAUCCUGACCUUCCUGAUCGGUUACAACAACUUGAUUCCAAUUAGCUUGUAUAUGACCACCGAUUUGGUGCGGGCACUGCAAGCAUUCAUCAUGGAAUCGGACGAGAGCAUGUAUCACAAAGCCACAGAAUCUGCGUGUAAAGUGCGGAGUUCUGGUCUAUGUGAAGACUUGGGGCAGGUGGAUUUUGUCCUUUCAGACAAGACUGGGACCCUCACACAAAAUGAAAUGUGUUUCAAAGCCUGCUACGUGGAUGGGCAAACCUAUGGCUACUGGUCAGAGACGGUGGACGACAGUCUGGAAGCAGAUGAUGAUGCAAGCAUGAGCUUGGGCUCUGGAAUCAUGGGUUAUCCCAGCGACCGUGUUGAGAGACUUCCACCUCGGAGCGUGUGUUUGCCUCUAAGUGUCUCGGUCUUGAAGCUUGAGACACACGAAGGGUGCAACCCCGUGCGUUUCGGGGGUACCAGGUUUCCCCGUUGA